AUGUCGGAAAAGUCGGAUGCGUGGCAGCUAGUAGUCGUGGGCGUGUCGGACCAGGAUGACAUCGACCACGGCAACAGCCCCAACCCAUGCCGAGACGCCAAGACCCUGGCAGAGUUUGCCAGGUGUAUGGGCUUUUGCUCAGAGCCGGUGGUUUUUGCAGAGAGGAGUCCGGUGGAUGAGGAUGCCCAACUGAAUCUGCAAAUAGGGCUCACAGAAAAGCUCACUGAAGCAGCGAAAAAGAUGAGGGACAACAACAUCAAGAAACUGAUGGUCUACUAUGCAGGCCAUGGCGAAUCCGUUGACGAAAGCCGGACCGUGAGCGUCGAUCUUGACCUCGUGCUGGAAGAGGCAGUUGUGUCCGCAGUGGAGGAGAAUGAGCUGAAGUACGUAUGUGUCAUAGUUCUGUUGGACUCCUGCAGAAACAAGGCGGAGGACUCCCCAGCAUAUAAACCUAGAACCUUUCCCAGCGAAAGUAACACAUAUGUCUACGUCUACUUCUGCGAGCUGUACUAUCCUCUGCGAAAUUCCAGUCUCGUGCCAGCGGCACUGAUGCAUAUGAUACAAGCUCAAAGUGACUGUACGAUUAGUGAUUUCUUGCUGCGGAUGAGCCAGCUGCUCCUCCAGGUGACAUUGGGCCGGAUUAAUAUGGAAUGGGCCGGGCUUUCCCGGUCAAAGGCUCUAUGGCCCUUCUUCCCGGCUGGGCGACGGGGGUUGCUCGUGGAUCGCGAGGAGGUGGAUGUGAUGCCGCAGGAACACUAUGUCGCCUUGCUAAACACCUUCUGCGUGUACGGAUGUUUGGACUGCAUCAUUGACCAUGCAGUGAGCCUUCCAAUGAUGUUGAAGGAUACCAAAGCGAUGUUGAAGGACAAAGAGAAGCAACUGUCAGCCUCCAAGCCAACGCUGAGGCACGCAAUUCCUUCGUACGGAUGUUUGGACUGCAUCAUGGAUUGCGCCAUGAGCCUUCCAGUGAUGCUGAAGGGUACCAAGUUGAAGAAUGUGGAAGCUGACCCAGAAAUCUUGAGAGAGGACGGAGAGAUUCAAUUGCCAGCAUCGCCAACGCUGAGGCACAUGAUUCCAGAGCUUCGAUCAAUAGCAGCAAGCUUUUUCGCAAAAAGGCAUCUAUUCUUGGACGACUGGAGGCGAGAGCUUGAGGUGGCCAUGUGCGAGUCUUUGGAAGAAGUCAAAGAGACACUCGAGAAAGUGACCCAGGAGCCAGGCCCUUCAGCGAGCUUCAGCCAUUUGCCACGAAGAGUUCCGGAUUCACUUCGAAGAUGUGUGCUCAACGCGCGUCGCGAUUUCUACCGCAGACAUCAGAGGGAGGGCCUGAUGCAGACGGAUCAUGUCAUUGAGGUCUUGCAGACAUUGGAAUGCUACUUCGACAAGUUGCCACUAUCUGCAAAAGAGUCGCUUGAAAUCCAAGAGGUUCGCGCGGAGGAAGGCAGAGAAGAUGUUAUUCCGGUGCUCUAUGCUUUUGUCAUCAAUGGCAUCAGUGCAUCCGGAAUACCAGAGCAACAGCUCAGAGACCUGGAAAAGAUUGUUGAUUAUGUUGACGGGAAGGACGUUGUGAAGUACGGUAGCCGAUUCUUCCUCGGCACCGGCAGUCUGUGGAUCAUCCUGCAGUCUGCGAAGCUUGACGACAAGACCUUUCGCAGCGUUGACAGGCAGCUGGAGGCUUGGACGAAGCAGCUGCGGCAGUCCCGGGCCGCCUGGCACACUGCGCGCCUGCAGGUGGUCCCACGGCCUGCCGUACCGGCAGGGCUGCAGAAGUUGGUGCACCAGCUGUGCGGCGCCAAUCUGGCAACAGGGCCCGUCGUGCAGCUAACUGCUGACAAGGUGAGCCAAUUGGUGCAGCUGCGACAGGGGGUCAACCCGUCGCAGCUGCACGUCUUCGAGGGCUUUCGCAGUGCAAGCGGAUGGCUGCGGAGGGGAGAGCUCAGCUUCACGCAGGCGAAGGACUGGAAAGUCCUGAUGCAGGACAUUAAUCCCAGUCUCAGUGAGAGCCUUCAGAACUUGGCGGAGAAGACUUGUGGCAGACAGCUAUGGGGCGACUCCCUGGAGUUCCAGGGCGCUGCCUUUCUUCUGCACCGCAGGGCUCACCUGGUGUCAGCGCAAGUGGGCGUGGUGUCGAACGCAGUGGCAAACAGAGACCUGGAGCAAGCCGAUGAGCAGCUGAAGGAGGCGCUGAGGAUGAUGAAGUCCGUCUAUGGCGGUGUCGACCAUGCAAACGUUGCAGUCACUUUGCAUGAGCUGGGCAUGGUGCGGAAGCAGAAAGGAGAUCUGGAGCAAGCCGAGGUGCACCUGAGGAGGAAGAAGUCCGUCUAUGGUGGCGUCGACCAUGUGAACAUUGCAGUCACUUUGCAUGAGUUGGGCAUGGUGCAGAGGCAGACAGGAGACCUGAAGCAAGCCGAGGUGCACCUGAUGGAGGCGCUGAGGAUGAAGAUGUUCGUCUAUGGAGACCUGGAGCAAGCCGAGGAACACCUGAAGGGGGCGCUGAGGAUGAAGAUGUCCGUCUAUGGUAGUGCCGACAAUGUGAACAUUGCAGUCACUUUGCAUGAGUUGGGCAUGGUGCGGAAGCAGAAAGGAGACCUGGGGCAAGCCGAGGAGCGCCUGAAAGAGGCGCUGAGGAUGAAGAAGUCCGUCUAUGGUGGUGCCGACCAUGUGAACAUUGCAGUCACUUUGCAUGAGCUGGACAUGUUGCUCAAGCAGAAAGGACACUUGGAGCAAGCGGAGGAGCACCUGAAGGAGCGCCUGAAAGAGGCGCUGAGGAUGAAGAUGUCCAUCUAUGGUGGCGUCGACCAUGUGAACAUUGCAGUCACUUUGCAUGAGUUGGGCAUGCUGCUCAGGCACAGAGGACACUUGGAGCAAGCUGAGGAGGCGCUGAGGAUGAUGAAGUCCGUCUAUGGCGGCGUCGGCCAUGUGAGCAUUGCAGUCAGUUUGCAUGAGUUGGGCAUGUUGCUCAAGCACAGAGGACACUUGGAGCAAGCCGAGGAGCACCUGAAGGAGACGCUCAGGAUGAUGAAGUCCGUCUAUGGCGGUGUCGACCAUGUGAGCAUUGCAGUCAGUUUGCAUGAGCUGGGCAUGGUGCUCAAGCACAGAGGACACUUGGAGCAAGCCGAAGUGCACCUGAUGGAGGCGCUGAGGAUGAAGAAGUCCGUCUAUGGUGGCGUCGACCAUGUGAACAUUGCAGUCACUUUGCAUGAGUUGGGCAUGGUGCAGAGGCAAAAAGGAGACCUGAAGCAAGCCGAGGUGCACCUGAUGGAGGCGCUGAGGAUGAAGAUGUUCGUCUAUGGUAGUGCCGACAAUGUGAACAUUGCAGAGCGCCUGAAAGAGGCGCUGAGGAUGAAGAAGUCCGUCUAUGGUGGCGUCGACCAUGUGAACAUUGCAGUCACUUUGCAUGAGCUGGGCAUGUUGCUCAAGCAUAAAGGAGACUUGGAGCAAGCGAAGGAGCACCUUAAGGAGCCACUCAGGAUAAAGACAUCCGUGUGUGGCGGUGUCGACAAUGUAGAGGUUGCAGUCACUUUGCAUGAGCUGGGCAUGGUGCGGAAGCAGAAAGGAGACCUGGAGCAAGCCGAGGUGCAUUUGAUGGAGGCGCUGAGGAUGAUGAUGUCCGUCUAUGGUGGUGCCGACAAUGUAGAGAUUGCAGUCACUUUGCAUGAGCUGGGCAUGGUGCGGAAGCAGGAAGGAGACCUGAAGCAAGCCGAGGAGCACCUGAAAGAGGCGCUGAGGAUGAAGAUGUCCGUCUAUGGUAGUGCCGACAAUGUGAACAUUGCAGUCACUUUGCAUGAGUUGGGCAUGGUGCGGAAGCAGAAAGGAGACCUGGAGCAAGCCGAGGUGCAUCUGAUGGAGGCGCUGAGGAUGAUGAUGUCCGUCUAUGGUGGUGCCGACAAUGUAGAGAUUGCAGUCACUUUGCAUGAGCUGGGCAUGUUGCUCAAGCAGAAAGGAGACUUGGAGCAAGCGGAGGAGCACCUGAAGGAGCACCUGAAGGAGGCACUGAGGAUGAAGAAGUCCGUCUAUGCUGCCGCCGACAAUGCACAGGGUAAAGAGAUCUUGCAGACGGACCGCCAGUUGCAUGGAGGCGACUCCUGGAGCUACCUUGCCAAAAGGCAGCUUUACCGAGACUUGUCGCUGAAUGCGUCCUUUGAGGCGGAUGGCAAAGCUUUGCACCUCUACCGGACCCAAAGACCUCGAAUAGAACAGGAUUUGGCGCGCUGCAAGCGGGCGCCCCAGAUCCAAAGUCGGAAGUUCGGGAGUGAACCAGAGCUCGAGAACAACGCAUACAUUACUAUAGAAGAAUGGCUCUGGCCUCGGGUGAAGAAGCCGUGCGUUCGGCUGAGUGGGAAGUUGAAGCACUGGGUCAGUAGUCAUAGUAUAGUCACCCUGGUCCAUGUGGCCAUAGAACACCUCCCAGACACGUGUCCACUUCUGCGAAGUCGCGUUAGCAAAAAGAUGUCGGAUGAGCCGGAUGAGCCGGAUGAGUCGGACGAGUGGCAGGUGGUGGUCGUGGGCGUGUGUAGGAAAGGCGAAAUGUACACAGAUGCCUCAGAUGACGAAGAUGGCGCGCACCCAUGCCGUGACGCCAAGAACUUUGCAGAAUUUACAAAACUCAUAUGCUUCUGCUCAGAGCCGGUGGUGUUUGCGAUAGAACUUGAGAGCAAGCCGGAGGGUGAUCAGGUGGUAUUGCUGCAAAAAGGUCUCCGAGAAGCGCUCAAUACAGCAGCGCAGCGGAUGAAAGAAAAGAACAUCAAGAAGAUGAUCGUCUACUACGGAGGCCAUGGCGGGUCGAUUGACGCAGAGCGGACUCAGAGUUUGGAGCUUGGCCUCGUGCUGGAAGAUGAAGUCGUGCGCGCCGUGGAGCUGGCGAACUUGGAGUAUGAGGACUGUCCAGUUGCGAUGUUCUUCACCCGGUUGAAGUCGCUGCUGCGCGACAUCACGGGUGGGCGGACCGACAUGCAAAUGGACCCCCUUCAGUCCAGGGCUGCUGACCAGGAUUUCUUCCCAGCCAAGUGCCUUAAGUGCCUUGAGCUGAAGUUGCCCUUUGAGCGCGCGAAGGUAAGGCAGGUUUUGGAGGAUGAAGAGUAUGAGGCCUUGUUGAACACGUUUGCUAUAUAUGGUCAUUGUGACUGCAUCAUGGAUAACGUGUAUCAGACUGGAGUUAUCCUUCAAGAGAUGUUGGAGGAUACCAAGCAGAUGGUGGAGCAGGAUGGCAAAAGUCACGUGCCAGCCUCCAAACAUACGCUGAGGCACCUCAUUCCGCAGUUGCAGCGCAUUGCAAAAGUCUUCCACAAGAAGAAAGAACUCUUCCGUUCUGAUUGGAAGCGAGAGCUCGACGUGGUAGGGCUCCAGACACCAGGGCGCACAUCGUUUGAACACGUUCUGGAGGAGAUCGAAAAAGUGACCGGGGACUCCGGGGACCUUGGCACUGGAUCAUCGCGUCCGCGACUUCCGGAGGUUGUUUGCAGAUGUGUGGUGGAAGCUCGUCGCACAUAUUACCGCCAGGAAGGCGAGCAGGACCUGAUGUCCUUUCACCAUGUCCAAGAGGUCUUGGAGCUUUUGUCAAAAUACUUUACACAGUUGCCGCCUCUGAAAUCAGCAUCAUGCGUGCUCAAAGAUCCAGCUGAUUCGGAUGAUUCGGAGCAAGAAGAUUUCACAGUUCCGGAUGAUUUGAAAGAAGACAAAUUCAUCUACAAGCUUACCAUCGUCACUGCAUGGUGUGUGAAUGGCAUUAGCGCAUCCUCGUUGACAGAAGAACAACUGGCGCAAUUGGAGCACCUGCAGGAACACUUCACGAAGAGAGACGCUGAGACCGACAACUACGAGAUCUACAUUGGAGCCGGCAGCAUUUGGAUCAUGCUGCAGUCUCCAACACUUGACGACAGGACCAUCCGCAGCAUUCACAAGGAGCUGGAGGCUUGGACGCAGAUGCUGCGCCGGUCCGGGGCCGCCUGGCGCGCUGCGAGGCUGCAGAAGGUGCCGCGGGCUGCCGUGCCCGGGGGGCUUUUGAAUUGGUGCGCGAGCUGGGCGCGGCCAAUCUGGCGACAGGGCCCGUCGUGA